AUGGCAGGUGCUCCUAACUCGCCACGAUUUGAGUCCGACAAGGAGGAUGGUGAGGAGUCUAAGACCCGCAAGCUUGUCUUCGACGGAAUCGACGCUGCGGCCAAAUGCGAUGGGGUGGACGUCGACAAGCGCAUGCUCGAAGGGCGUAAGGCCAAUCGUGGGUUCACCAUCGCAGCAGGGACGGCCGUCGAUCCGGAUUUCAGCGACCUCCGCAACUCGAAGCGUGCACAGACGCUCCCAGCCGACUGCUCCCGUCGUGGUGACUUCAAUAUGAGCGAUGACAGCAAGAAGCAGUUGGAAGAGAUGCAGCAGCACUUGCUGUCCCGGUACCGCCAUGGCUCCGUUAGUCUCGCCUUCGACGUGAUUCCCCAGGACGUUCUCGAUGAGACCUUCAAGACAAAGGUGGUUGGACACAGCCACGGCCUGAUCACAGAGGGGCAGCAGCACGGGGAUGAGCGUGAGCGGGUCUCCUGGGGCAACAUUCCCCUCGAUCCUCCUCCGCUGAUCGCCUGCCAGAAGGGAUGCAAGGGUUUCAAGGACACCUCGCCCAACCAGGACAAUUUCUCAGUCACGCACUUCAAGAGCGGUUACACCUUGAUUUGCACGUUUGAUGGCCAUGGCCCGUUCGGUCACAUUGUGUCGACUCGUACCGUGCAGACGGUGCCCUGGUUCAUGGUGGUGGAGUCCGGAUUUGACAAAGACACAAUUGACGAGAGCAUCAUUGAGAAGGCUUUGAUCAAUGCCUUUGAGAAGGCUCAGAAGGACGUUGUCGCACACUCGCUCGAGAACGAUUGGGACGUUCAAGCGGUUGCAGCUCUUUUCAAGGGAAACAAAGUGUGGACCGCCAACGCCGGUGACUCUCGCUGCGCCAUCGGUACCGAAGCUGACAAGAAGGUGGUCUUUGAGACGGAGGACCACAAGCCCCAGAGCGACAAGGAGAAGGCCCGCAUCGAGGCCUCCGGUGGCGAGGUGCGCUCUCAGACGUAUCCAGAUGGAUGGGUGAACCACCGCAUCUUCAUCAAGGGCAAGGACUACCCGGGCUUGUGCAUGGCCCGCACGCUCGGGGACCAGUCGGUGAAGGACUACGGUGUCAUCGCAACUCCCGAGGUUCUGCUUACGACCGUGGACCUCUCGAAGAAGGCGUUUUUCAUCAUCGCCAGCGACGGUGUGUGGGAGUUCUUGGAUUCACAGUUCGUCGUCAAGGCCGUUGCCAAGAAGAUCCAAUCGGACGGACCUGCAAAGACGCUCGAGAAGCUGCAGCGCGAGGCCAAGAAGCGCUGGAAGGCCGAAGAGGGUGACUACUGCGACGACAUCACCUCCGUUCUGGUACAACUCCGCUGA